AUGAUCAUUUUAUUUCUAUUAAUAUUAAUCGGAACAAAUCCCAUCGAUAGUGAUCACUUUAAUGGUGGUACUAUACAUUGGACACCAGAAAAUCGUAAUUCUACUUCUUCAUCAAUUCGGAUUACUAUUACACAAUCUUAUUCGUGGACUUAUCCGACUAUAAGUUGUUUGACAGAUGUACCUACCUCAACUAAUUGGUUUUUAUAUCCCAGUGUUAGUUUAACUUGUAUUGCUAAUUGUUCUACUCAAGGUGGCUAUUCUAGUAAUCCAAUUAAUAUUUUAACUGAUUGUACUUCAUACAGUACAUCAUUGGGAGUAUUAACAAGUCAACGAUCUGUUAAUAUUACACUCAAUGAAGGUACAUAUUUUUGGAUCGCUUAUCAAGGUGCCUCUUGGAGAACUUUGGCGAAUGCUGCGACAAGUUUUCUUCCUGGAUGGUCAAUUGUAUCUUUAAUUAAUCUUCAAAGACGUCCCGAUGGUUUAAUUAACACUCCACCAGUGUCACAGGUAGCUUCUCCUCAAUAUGUUAUUUUCAACAGAACAGCUACAAUCAAAAUACCUGUGACAGAUGUUGAUGUAGGUGAUAAUAUACGUUGUCGAUGGUCCUCAAAAAACAGUGCAUAUGGUGUUGAUGAAUGUGACGAUGUUUGUACUUCUGCGAGCACGAUUAGUCUUGCAAAUUUGUCUGGUUGUACGUUAACAUUUACAGCAACAACAUCGAAUGUUUGGUAUGCAAUUGCUCUUCAGGUUGAAGAUUUUAUUAAUACAACAAGUACUAAUCCAAUGAGUUCAGUAGCAAUACAAUUCUUAAUUUAUGUAUUAGCAACACCCACCUGUACACAAGCACCUGUUAUUCUUCCUUUAACCAGUUGUUUAGAGAUUCAAGUCAAUGUAGCAAUGAGUUUUACUCUUUAUGCGAUGAAUUAUUGUAAUAGAACAAAAGUGAUUAUUACUGAUCUAAUAUCAACAGUUAGUAUUACUGGUUUGUCAGCCAGUAGUUUGGUUAAUUCAACAACAAAUACAUCGUUAGUCUAUGUUACCUUCACUUGGACACCUCAAAUAACUCAGAUUGGAUCGCAACAAUUUUGUGCACUUGCUUAUACAAGUGAGAGUGUACAAUCUAAUCCAUAUUGUGUGAUAUUCACUGUUGGGACGUCACAACCUUGUACGACAACUACUUCUACAAGUACAACAAGCACAAUAACCACAUCAGAAACUACAACGACUAGUACGACAGAAACAACAACUACCAGCAAGACAACUAGCACGACAUCAGAAACUACAACGACUACUACAACAGAAACAACGACAUCUAGCACAACAUCAGAAACUACAACAACUACUACAACAGAAACAACGACAACUACUAGCACGACAACUAGCACAACAUCAGUAACUACAACAUCAACAACAACCACAACAACAACCACAGUGACUACUACAACGGCGACAACAAUAACUACUACUUCAGUAACGAGUACUACGGCACAGCGUCGUCGACUGAAUAAAAUAAGAAAAGAUUUAGAACAAGAAAUUUUUACAUUACCCAUUGAAGAAGAAAUAAGGAAAAUUCAAUCAACUGAAAGAUCGAAGAAUUACUCUUCAUCCAAUAGAUUGAACACUCAAAAAAGUUCCAAUACUUUUCUAUCCAGCAGUUUAACAAAAACAAAGUCAACAUUAAUAAUUGACAAUAAGAAGAUAAACAAUGAUAAUAUUGUUCAUAUAAAGAAAAGUGCAAAAUCAUCUAAAGAAGAAAAUGAAUCGAUCAAAUCAUAUCAACAACAAGAUUCUAAUGAAAAUAUAUACACUGUUGAAAAUCAAUUAAGAUUCCAGCGUUCUUCUACUACUGUUUCUACAGUAAAAAAAUCAUCGAAAGUUUCAAAAAUCACCGAGAAUAAUAAAUCGAAUAAAUCAUCAACAUUUUAUUAUCCAAAGAAUGAAUUUGUUUCUACAUCACUAACUAAAAUACAUGUUGUUCAAUUGGCAAGAAAUAAAGUAUCAGCAUCAUUCGAAACUGGUGGCAAUACUCUUUUUCCCAAUCAAAAUUCGUCGACAGAAAUAAAUCGAAAUGUUCCUGGCAAAACAAUGAAUGUCCGCAGUAAAGAAGCCGGUCAUAUGAGUCGUACGAAUACUAAAGUCGACAAUGAUAUGCGAAAAAGAGCAUCAAGCUUCGCUGGAGUCACCGUUAGCAGAGUUAAAACAGCUCAUAAUAUUGAUAAGUCAUUUAUGAAACAUUCAAUGAAUAUUAUUCGACCAAAUAGUGAUAAUAAAGAAACCCGUCAUCGAGUGACGGUGGUUUCUGUGAAGAAACAAUAG